GCUGCACGCAACCUCGACCAAUUGCAAGUAGGUCGACAUUAACGCUGGUAUCAGAAACAUUUUGAACCCCAUUUUGGCAGAGAUGCGACUUCUCAACUCUGCGCUCGUGACUCUCCUUGCGUUUGCAAGGCUCAGCUUUGCAAGUUCGAGUUCUGGGGACUCGGUUCUUGUCUUACUCGACCCGUCAUUAGACAGGGAAAACUACUCAAUCUUCUUUGGUGGACUUGAAAAACGAGGGUACAACUUGACGUUCCGUGCCCCCAAAGACGUCAGUCCUGCCAUCACCGACUAUGGCGUGCCAAACUUUGACCACGUCAUCCUCUUCGCUCCAGACACAAAAUCAUACGCACGAGACAUCACUCCGCAGUCGCUCGUUGGCCUCCUCUCAGAGAACACAAACCUCCUCAUCGCCCUCUCUCCAAAACAAACCCCCCUCACAAGCUUCGCAACUGAAUUCUCACUCAUCCUCCCACCUCCCGAAACACCACUCAUCUCCCACCACCCCGCCCGCUCAGAGCCUCCAACCACCAUCCCCGUCUCCGUCCCCCAAUCCCCACUCCUCACCCCAGGAAUUCCCCCAAUUUGGUUCACUGGCGCCCCCCAUGCACUAGGCACAACUCCAAUGCUCGUUCCCAUCCUCCGCGCACCCGCAGAAAGCUUCGCAGCUGACCCCACAUCCGAUGCUGACAGCGAUGCACUCGUCGACGCUACCGAAAAAGGUGGCGAAGGCUUAUGGGCGGGAAGCCAGAUGGGCUUAGUGACUGGCUUCCAGACGAACGUGAACUCUCGCGUCAUUUUUGCAGGUGGCGUUCAGCUUUUCAGCGAUGAAUAUGCGAGGAAGGAACUUCCUUCUGGGAAGCCGUCUGGGAACUCUCUGUUCGCGAGGGACGUCGCUGCGUGGGUUUUCCAGGAAAAACUGGCGUUGAGGAUUGAUGGGGUUGAACAUCAUCGGGUUAAUCAGACCGAGGCGCCGGAGAUGUAUACUACCAAUGACGAGAUUGUGUAUACGGCGCAUAUAUCCUCGUAUGAUAGCAAGACCUCGACGUGGAAACCUUACAGCGGUAUCGAGGAUUUGCAAUUGGAAUUCACGAUGCUCGACCCUCACAUCCGCACUUCUCUGCCUCCUGUUCCUGGCUCCCCUGGUACAUACCAAGUCCAGUUCCGCGCACCUGACAGACACGGUGUUUUCAAGUUCGUCUUGAACUGGAAGAGGAAGGGUUAUUCAUACCUGGAAUCGAGCACGACCGUCCCUGUCGUGCCACCGAGACACGACCAAUACCCUCGUUUCUUGAGCGCUGCAUGGCCUUAUUACGCAGGCGCUAUCAGCACGAGUGUUGGGUUCUUCCUUUUUGCAGCUCUGUGGCUUGCAGGAGACGUCAAAGGCGAAAGGAAGAAGGGAUCGAAAGCAGAGUAAUUGCUCAGGCUCGCUCACUCAAGCAAAAUAUCCCACCAAACCAAGCAUUGGAUAGUCGCUUUACGUGUAUAUCCCGCAGGUUUGGUGUUCUAUGUACAUGCUGUUUGACAAAA